AUGCAAAACUACUGCGAAAUCUGUAAACUACCGGCUCACGGCUCUCACUUCGGAGCAUUCACUUGUCGAGCAUGUGCCGCAUUUUUCAGAGAACCAUCCGACAACUUCGCGACAAAACUCAUGUGGCUCGAACAUUGGACAUUUUAA